UACGAGCUAACCAUGGGAGCCACUUGUUCCAAAUGUUGUUUGUGUUACUGCUUUAAAUUAGUUGAGUUUGGAGACAGCUUUCGCUGCCGUCAUUCCUGUUGCAUCCAGUACUGUGAACCUUGCUGUCACUGCGGCGACUGUUGCGAUGCAGAAGAUGAUUUACCGUUCGUGAAAGAAACUGAACUAGUUUCAAGCGAAGAGGAAGCUGUUGUUUAUCUAAAUGGGGAUAAGUACACAGGCGCCAUGCAAAACAAUAAGAAGCAUGGAUACGGUGAGCUUACACGCAAAGAUGGAACGAGUUUAAAAGGCUAUUUUGUUGAUGAUCAUUUUAUUGGCGAGACACCUGCAGACAAUUUGGCUGUGGCUAGUGCUACAGAUCAUGAAUCAAAUAGUGCUUUAAAGCAAGCCGGAUCAAAUGUCUUUCAUCGUGAACUUCAACCUCUAGCAUCUACUGAUGGCCCAGAGGAACGUCUUCGGGACACAUGAUUUGACACGGGCCAAUUAAUUACGAGGCUGAUGAGUCAUACUUUUCGUUCGUCUCGUUUCCAGGGUUGGAAGCAAGGCUGGUCCACGUAGUAGUUUGCAUUUCGAAAAUUUAUUGUUUGUUAUACAACAAUGCAAUUGACCAACGAGAAACUUAAUUGAAACUGCGGCAAUGGGUUCAAGGCGAAACUGAUGCGUAGCAAAAAUGAAGAAAGAGACCAAUAGGGCUUGGUCAUCGUCAGUCUUAGGAAAGUAAAACUGAAAGUAAUGAUACCAUUUAAAGGUUUAUUAGUCUACUAAGCUACCUAUAAUAUUGAGUGACGAAACUUAUUUUCUUUUUCUCGUUCUAAUUCACGUCAGUCAGAAAAAUUUAAUUGCAAAUGACAACACUUGAACAGAAAAGUAUAACUCAGAAUGGAACAGUAAGUUUCAAGUAAGUUAGUUCUUCCAAUUGUUGUAUCUGUUUUUUGUUUUUUUUUUUGCUCAGAUCGUUCCACCGAACGUCACUAUGAUGUGAAUGUAAACCAA